AUGGACAAGCGCCCCGCCGCCGCCGCCGUCGGGCCGCCGUACCUCCCGGCGGAGCUCAUCCCGGACAUCGCGAGGCACCUCAAGACCCUCCAGGACUUCUUCUCCCUCCGCGCCGCCUGCCGCGCCUACUGCGCCGCCCUGCCUCCCUCCCGCGCCGUCCUCGCCGCGCAGCCGCCGCACCUCCUGGUGCCCCAGCACUCCCCAUCGCGCUCGCAGCUCGCCCUCGUCCACCUCCCGCGCCGCCUCCUCCUCCGCUUCCGCGAGCCCUCCCCCAUCUCCAGUGCAGUCCUCGCCUCCGACGGCGCCCGCGUCGUCACCUACGACCACCUCGCCCGCGAGCUUGCCGUCACCCACCUCCUCUCCGGCGAGCGGGUCCGCGUCCCCGACGCCCCUUCCCUGUUCUCCCACGCCGUCCUCGCCGGCGACCUCGUCCUCCUCAUCGCUCCCGGGUGGGUCCAUUACUGCCGGCUCAGCGACGGUCGAUGGCGGGGGGAGUAUUGCCGGCUCAGGGACGACAGCCCCUGGCGCGGGGCGUUCUUCAAUGGCCUGCACAUGAUGGUCGACAUGCGCUCUGUGAAUGGCGUCCUCUAUGUGCUCCUCAACACGUGCCAGCUCGCAGUUGCGGAGCUACUGGACAACAAGGUCGAGUUGGUGCUUCUCGGAGGCGAAGUCGAUGAGUAUGUUAGGAAUGCUUGGAUGGAGAGCAAAAUAUUCAUGCUUGGGGAGUGCGCCGGUGAGCCAUUGCUCAUCUUCAAGGUGUCGACCGAGCCGGCGUACAAGCUUUUCCGAUGGAAAUCUGGGGAGGACAGGUGGGUGAAGGCAACGAGCCUAGGAAGGCGGACACUUUUCAUGUCCAGCAAUGGCUUUGAUGCGUGGCUCGGUCCAGAUUCACCGGGAGUUCGAGGGGAUUGUAUAUAUGAGGCUCUGCCACGGGCUGCAGGUUGGAGUGAGUACUCUUUAGUUGAUGGCACUAGUGAACUCAUCGGUAUUGAAUACCAAGGUGCACCAGAAGUGGAUGUCGCAAGAACGCAGGUUUGGAUGCUCCCGAGCUUGUUCUGAUAUUGGCCUACAAAGAUCAAAUUCUGUGGUUGAAUGAAAUCAACUGAAGGUGAGGUUUGGCUUUCAUCUACACCAAAGCUAGGAAUGCUGGCAAUAUGGUCCCGUUGUCGUCGUUCCCCCGAUUCCGACUGCCAUCUCUAGCUGCUGCUUUGUGUCGGAAAGAAGGUGUGAGGGCUCAGAUGGACACAUGAGGAUGCCUUGAGGCCUCAAAUAAAUUUUCAAAUAUUCUUUUAUGCCUUGACGGCUCAUGGAUUUGUAUUCUGCAAUGAAGCCGCAUGGCAUCACGGCAAGAAUGGUUAGACUGAAGGCAUAGAUGGGGGCAAGUGCUUACUCCAAUAAAUGUAUAAAUUUUUGGAGUCAGUAGAAAAGGGUAAAAGGAUGCUCUCAACUUAAUUUCUCUAAAUUUGAUGGAGGCAAGUGCUUACUCCAAUAAAUGUAUAAAUUUUUGGAGUCAGUAGAAAAGGGUAAAAGGAUGCUCUCAACUUAAUUUCUCUAAAUUUGAUGUGAUAAUUUUUCAGAUGAUGAUGUCAACCUGGUAUGGCUUAGGAUGUGUAUGCUGUUGGCAUUUGACUUUGAGCUUGACAUCGGACACAAGCUAGGUUUGAAUAUCUGAUUUAGCAGCCCUAAGAAGCGGCUGGUUGGUAUAGCAUAUGAGGCGAUUCCAAACUUGAUUUAUAUAUUUAUUAAGCAGUAACUUAGAUUUAUCUGUGGACUAUCCCUGUAUGUAUAUUAUGUUUGGCUUCAACUAGAAUUACAUGAGCAGAGUUUCUCAAGAUAAUGUGGGUGAGAGGGACUAGGAUUUCACUGACAGUGCAUUUUUUACUAUGCAUACAUUCUAAGCAAGAUUGGCUUAGAGAUUAAAAGCAGGGAGAGGUGUAAAUAAGUGUAAUUGUGGAGAAGAUGUUGAUUAUCCUCCAUCAAACAAUCGAUGCUGGUAUGCAACAUAUUUUGGCAUCGGUGAAUGGCAAUUUUUGCCGAGAUGAGCUGUUAGAUUGGAUAUGUAAGUCAUGUACUCUGACCUGUCCAUUUAAAAAUGGAUGUUUUAAAAAUACAUCGUGGCACACAAACCUCAAUUUGGUGAGCCUGAGUUGUCCAUAAUGGAUUUUUUUUUUCUUUGAAUGUUAUGUUCACCUCUCAUCAUGAGUUAUGUAAAUGUUUUAUCUACCUCUGCUUAUUUAAAAUUGUACUUUCUACUUUAUUCAACUGUCUAUGAUUGUCUUGAUGCCUGUUAUUUAGCAUCAAUGCCAUGAUGCUGAUGGGUGUUGGAUUCCGGUGGUGUGGCUUCCUAUGGCCCAACAACAAGAAAGACGCUGGCAUUGGUUCUUGGAAUUGUGCCUUUUGUUUAGAAUGUGGUUCCUUCUUUAACCAAUAUAGAUGUUACAUGGAAUUGCAGUGAUUAGUAGGCAGUACAUCUGUAUGGAGGUGAUUAAUUUCCCUGAAUUGUAUGCAAAUUACUUGCCUCUUCGAUCCUUUUUGUUUCGUGGAAAUACAAUAUUCAUUGAUUGAUU